UUUCAAUGCGACACCCCAGAUGAUACGUCGUCAUUCAUCCUGGGGUUAGCGACUGACAGAUUGUAGGGGUGAGGUUGCAUCAUCAAAAGGCUGCGUCAGAAGAUCCCAAAUUCCCCAGAGCUGUGUGUUGUUGCUGCCCGGGUCCCCCUCACCAUGGAGCUGGCUCACAGUCUGCUGCUCAAUGAAGAUGCCUUGGCCCAGAUCACCGAAGCGAAGAGGCCUGUCUUCAUCUUUGAAUGGCUCCGCUUCUUGGAUAAAGUUCUUGUAGCAGCAAAUAAGGUGGAUGUAAAGGAGAAGCAGAAGAAGCUGGUGGAGCAGCUAACAGGACUGAUUAGCAGCGCUCCGGGACCCCCAACAAGAAAACUGCUGGCCAAAAACCUGGCUACCCUUUACAGCAUCGGUGACACAUUCACAGUCUUCCAGACUCUGGAUAAGUGCAAUGACAUCAUUAAAAGCAAGGAUGACACGCCUGCAUACUUACCAACAAAACUUGCUGCAGUGGCAUGUGUUGGAGCUUUUUAUGAGAAAAUGGGCAGGAUGUUGGGAAGCUCCUUCCCAGACACCAUUAACAAUCUUUUGAAGGCAUUAAAGAGUGCAGAGUCCCAAGGCAGGGGCGAGAUCCUCCUGAGUCUGCAGAAGGUGCUCAGCGGACUCGGUGGGGCUGCAGCUUCAUGUCACCGAGAUAUCUACAAGAACGCUCGCUCCCUUCUCACUGACAGGUCCAUGGCAGUGCGCUGUGCAGUAGCAAAGUGCCUGCUGGAGCUACAGAAUGAGGCAGUUUUCAUGUGGACCACAGAACUAGAGAAUGUGGCUACGCUGUGUUUUAAGGCCCUCGAAGGCUCCAACUAUGGGGUCCGGGUUGCAGUGUCCAAACUGCUGGGGACAGUCAUGGCUACUGCCCUGAUGCCCAAACAAGCAGCCGUGAUGCGUCAGAAUGUGAAGCGAGCCACCCUGGAGGAGGUGCUGGAGCUCAUGGCCACUGGCUUCCUGCGUGGUGGAUCUGGCUUCCUUAAGAGCGGGGGCGAGAUGCUGAAAGGAGGCGCCUCUGUCAGCAGGGAGGUGCGGGUGGGCGUCACGCAGGCCUAUGUUGUGUUCGUGACUACACUUGGUGGUCAGUGGCUGGAGCGCAACUUCGCCACUUUCCUGUCCCACGUUUUGGACCUAGUGUCUCACCCACGGGCCACACAGACGCACGUAGAGGCUGUGUACUCGCGGCGCUGUGUCUCCUUCAUGCUACGCGCCACCCUGGGGGGCUUGCUGGGAGAAAAAGCGCAGAUUGCAGCGGGCAAGGAAAUCUGCCAGGCUAUCAGCAAGCAAAUGAGGGCUGUGGGUAAGGAGGAUGGGGGGGAAAUAUCACGGUUCAGAGCAUUACAGAAGGCAGUAGUGAAUGACACCAGUGGAGAGAACAAGGCAGGGGCAGCAGAUGUCUCUGCCAGUCAGCAUGUUAUGGUGUGUGCCCUCAAAGAGUUGGGCAGUCUGGUUCAGAGUCUGAGUGCCACAGCCUCACCACUCAUCCAGGAGCCCUCCAUAGGGCUUCUGGAAACUGUGACCUCAGUGCUCCUCCACCCGAGCAUGGCAGCCCGUUUGGCAGCAGCAUGGUGCCUGCGUUGUGUCGCAGUGGCGCUGCCUUAUCAGUUGACCCCGCUGUUGGACCGCUGUGCUGAGCGCAUCAACAACCUCAAGAGUUCGCCUGAGGCUGUGAGCGGCUACAGCUUCGCCAUGGCUGCCCUACUGGGAGGCGUACACCAGUGCCCGCUGGGUAUCCCCCACUCCAAGGGCAAGCUGGUGGUGAGUAUAGCUGAGGAUCUCUUGCGGACAGCUGCCCAGAACAGUCGAUUGUCCCUGCAGCGCACACAGGCAGGCUGGCUGCUGCUGGGGGCCCUCAUGACCCUGGGUCCGUCCCUGGUGCGCUAUCACCUUCCCAAGAUGCUGCUGCUGUGGAGGAAUGUGUUCCCUCGCUCCCAGAAGGAGCUGGAGGCUGAAAAGGCCAGAGGAGACUCCUUCACCUGGCAGGUCACCUUGGAGGGCCGAGCGGGGGCGCUGUGUGCCAUGCGUAGCUUUGUGGCCCACUGUCCUGAACUGCUUACAGAAGAUGUGAUCCGUAGGUUAAUGACCCCCAUUGAAUGUGCCAUGACCAUGAUGUCUCAUGUUCCUGCCAUCAUCAAAGUCCAUGGUGCCCAUCUUAAGGCAAGCGCAGCCAUGGUGAGGCUGAGGUUGUACGACAUCCUGGCCCUUUUACCUCCCAAGACAUAUGAAGGCAGCUUCAAUGCCCUCCUGAGGGAGCUGGUAGCUGAGUUCACUUUGACUGACAACUCAGCCAACACCACCACUUCCUUGCUACGCUCCCUCUGUCACUAUGACGACAGUGUGCUCAUGGGCUCAUGGCUUCAGGAGACUGACCACAAGUCCAUAGAGGAUCAGCUGCAGCCCAACAGCGCGUCGGGCAGUGGAGCUCUGGAACAUGAUCCCUCCUCCAUUUACCUGCGUGUUCCCGUGGGCGAGGCUAUUCCUGGGCCUCUCCCUUUGGGUGUGUCUGUCAUCGAUGCAUCAGUGGCCCUGUUUGGUGUCGUCUUCCCCCAUGUUUCCUUUAAACACAGGCUGCAGAUGCUGGAUCACUUUGCAGAGUGUAUCAAGCAGGCGAAGGGAGUUCGACAGCAGGCAGUCCAAUUGAACAUCUUUACUGCAGUGCUUAGUGCCCUCAAGGGCCUGGCAGAGAACAAGAGCACUCUGGGUCCUGAGGAAGUGCGUAAGUCGGCCCUGGCCCUGGUGAUGGGAGCCUUGGACAAUCCCAACCCCAUUCUGCGCUGUGCUGCAGGAGAGGCCCUGGGCAGGAUGGCUCAGGUGGUGGGAGAAGCUACCUUCAUUGCCAGGAUGGCACAGUACAGCUUUGACAAGCUGAAGUCAGCUCGUGAUGUGGUGUCAAGAACAGGCCAUUCCCUGGCUUUAGGCUGUCUGCAUCGAUAUGUUGGAGGAAUUGGCUCAGGCCAGCACUUAAAGACCAGUGUCAGCAUCUUAUUGGCUCUUGCCCAGGAUGGAUCCUCUCACGAAGUCCAGACAUGGGCACUGCACUCUCUUGCUCUGAUCGUGGACUCCAGUGGUCCCAUGUAUCGAGGCUACGUAGAACCAACCCUGUCUCUGGUGCUCACCCUGCUUCUCACUGUACCCCCCUCCCACACAGAGGUGCACCAGUGUUUGGGCCGCUGCCUGGGUGCCCUUAUCACCACCGUUGGACCAGAACUACAGGGGAAUGGUGCCACCAUCUCUACCAUCCGUUCGUCAUGCCUGGUUGGCUGUGCCAUCAUGCAGGACCACUCUGACUCCCUGGUGCAGGCGGCUGCCAUCUCCUGUCUGCAACAGUUGCACAUGUUCGCUCCUCGCCAUGUCAACCUGUCCAGCUUGGUGCCCUGUCUCUGUGUUCACCUGUGCAGCUCCCACCUGUUGCUGCGCCGUGCCGCCGUAGCCUGUCUGAGACAGCUUGCCCAGAGAGAGGCUGCGGAGGUGUGUGAGUACGCCAUGAGCCUGGCAAAGAGGGCUGGAGACAGCAAAGACAGCACUACCAUCAAUCUGAACAUCACAGAGACGGGUCUGGAGGGUGUUCUGUUUGGCAUGCUGGAUCGUGAGACAGACAGGAAGCUCUGUUCUGACAUCCAUGACACACUGGGCCACAUGCUCUCUUCUUUGGCUGUGGAAAAGCUUUCCCACUGGCUGAAACUCUGCAAGGAUGUCCUAGCAGCCACCACAGAGGUGGGAGGUGCUGUCACAUUUGAGAUGGGGAAAGAUGAGGAGGACUCUGAGAAGAAAGAUGAGAUGGACGAUGACAUCAUGUUUACAGCUCUGGGUGAAGAGAACAAGACCAAGCCCUCGGUGGCGCCACGCUGGGUGACACGAGUGUUUGCUGCUGACUGCUUGUGCCGCAUCAUCUUGCUGUGUGAGAACGCAGACAAGACACACUUUGACCUGGCUGCUGCUCGCUCUGCACAAGCCAAGAACCCCAAAGUGUCAGCUGUUGAAGAAGGUGACCUGUUGGUGCUCCAUUUGUCUGACCUGAUCCGCAUGGCCUUCAUGGCAGCCACAGACCACAGUAAUCAGCUGAGGAUGGCUGGCCUGCAGGCCCUGGAGGACAUCAUUAAGAAGUUUGCCUCUGUGCCAGAGCCCGAGUUCCCUGGGCAUGUUAUCCUGGAACAAUACCAGGCCAACGUUGGAGCUGCCCUGAGACCAGCCUUUUCACCAGAUACACCGUCUGACAUUACAGCUAAGGCAUGCCAGGUGUGUAGUACGUGGAUUGGUAGUGGUGUAGUCAGUGACCUCAAUGACCUGCGGCGAGUCCACAACCUGCUGUUGUCCUCUCUGGACAAGGUGCAGGCUGGGAAGGGCUCCUCAAGCCAACUGUACAGUGAAAGUGCCACCACUAUGGAGAAACUGGCUGUACUCAAGGCCUGGGCUGAGGUGUAUGUGGUGGCUAUGAAGAUCAAGAAAGAGGCUGAGUCCAAACCAGCCAAGCCAGUGCGUAGUGGGGAUGAUGAGGAUGAUGAGGACGAUCUGGGGACAGACGUGCUUCCUCCUGACAGCCUCAUCACCCUGGUGCAGCCAGAGCUUCCCUCCCUCAGCCGCCUGUGGCUGGCCAUGCUCCAAGAUUACGCUCUGCUCACCCUGCCUGCUGAGUUCUCCAGUCAGCUGCCCCCUGAUGGUGGUGCAUUUUAUACCCCUGAGACCAUUGACACAGCACGGCUGCAUUACCGCAACUCCUGGGCACCUGUCCUGCAUGCUGUGGCCCUGUGGCUGAGCAGCACUGGGUUUGGUGGUGCAGAGGAAUCUGAAGAGCCUCCUGCUCCUUCUAGAGCUCCUGGCCUCCCCCAGGGAGUCUCUGCAACCACUAAGACCUUUGAGGAGCUGGUCAAAGACAGAAUGCAUCUAAUGUUGGGUGUCAGUAUUGAGUUUCUGUGCUUCCCUCGGCCUGAGGAGCCCAUUGAACAUGUGAUGUCCUGCCUGCAGGCCUUGUGCACUCUGCUAGACUCUCCUUGUGCUAAGACCCAUAUCGCAGAGGACCAGCUGUUGGCUGUGGAGCUGCUGAACGUCCUCCACAGGCUGCUGCUGACCCGAGACCCUCCAGCUGUACAGCUCCAGGUCACUGCUGUAGUACAGGAGACCAUCAGGGCUGCUCUGGACCAUCUGCGGCAGCAGAGGACCAGCCAGGGCAAAGAGGAAGGAGGAGAGAAGGACUCCCAGUCUACCCUGGGAGAAGGAGGAGACACAGGAGAGCUCCUGCCUGGCAAGUCCUUGGUGUUUGCAGCCAUGGAACUGCUGGUGUUCAUUCUGGUGCGCCACCUGCCACAACUAAAUACACGGGUCAAGGAGUCACCGAGCCAUGUGCCUCUCAGGCCCCAGCGUCUGCCUGAAGAGAGCGCCCGCCUGGUGGCAAACACAGUCUCUAUUCUGGCGGAGCUGCCCUCACUCUGCUCCCCUGCUGGAAGCAUGACCAUACUACCGACAGUGCUGUUUCUGAUCACCGGGGUACUGAGGGAAACCGCGGUUAAGACUGGUGACAACUCCGUGCCUUUGCCCGUGUCAGCCGCCCUGCAGGGCAUCAAGACCAUCAUCACCUCCCCCUUGGCUCGGGUGGAGAGCACUCAAACACAGUGGACUGGCCUUGUGAGGAGCAGCCUAGCCUCUGUGCUAGAGUACUCACAGCCAGAUGAGUCCAGGCCUGACAUGGAUGAGGUCAGUAUGUUGACAGCUAUCACGCUCUUCCUGCUGUCUGCCAGCAAUGAGAUUGUAGGAGUAACCGUCCUGCAGAAGGGUUGCAUGGACCGCUUCCGAAAUGGCCUCAACUCCAGUGAUCCCUGGGUUCAGGCCAGGUGUUACCAGCUGCUCCUGUCAGUGUUUCAGCACUCCAGCCGUGCACUGUCUACUCCCUAUAUCCAUGCCCUGGCUCCGCUUAUGGUGGAGAAGCUAAAGGCAGUGGAGUGCAGCCGGCCAGGGACCGCUGCUGAACUGCAGGCUGUUCAGGAGGGCAUCAGGGUUCUAGAGAACCUGGUUGGCAUGGGAGAAGAGCAGAACCGGGUGCAGCUGCUGGCUCUUCUUGUUCCAACUCUGAUCUCCUACCUUUUGGAUGAAAACGCCAUCUCCUCUGCUCCACAAGUUUCCAAAGGCCUGCAUGAUUUUGCUCUUCAGAACUUAAUGCGGAUUGGUCCACUCUAUCCAGCUGCCUUCAAGACUGUAAUUGGAGCAGCACCUGAGCUUAAAACCCGCCUGGAAUCUGCCAUACGGGCCAACCAGGCCAGCAGCAAAGCCAAAGCUGCAGCCAGGCAAGCUCAGCCCGCUGUGCAGGCUGCCCCAACUAUCAAACUCAAGACCAGCUUCUUCUAAAUCUCCAGAAAUAUACACCCCACCGCUUAACUCAGUGUUGUUUUUUGUGUUAAAAGAACACCCUAUGUCAUGUCUGUAUCAGCGAUAGUCUCUUAAAUGUAUUUAUUUAUUCUGCAACUCAUCUUUGUUUCAGUGGGUGAGUAUUCUGUUUUCUUGAAGUCAAGGAGACAAUUAUGUAAAUAUCAUUAAAGCGUCUUUGAAUGUUCACUUAAAAAUCAUCUGUAGGAAAUGUCAUUGUUUGAAUGUAUAAUUUUCAACCUUAAUGCACAUAUGUAAAGGGACACAAUCUAAAUGAUCCCCCCCCUCCCCAAUCCUUUCCUUUUUGUCUUUCCAUCAUUCCUCGCUGUCCAACAUGUGACCUACACUGUGACAUUCCUGUGUGAUUUUUGCCUCACUGUAAGCAUAGCAAUCCACCUCAGUAUUUUUGCUUUCUUUUUUAAAAUUUCAAUCAUGCAUGUCAUUUUAAUGGAGCUUGUUUUGCAGAAUGAGCAGGCUUAGGGUCUGCUUUCAGAGAAUUGCUUUAGUUAAUCGAUGCUGACGAAUGCUGCUGUUUGCUGGAGAAAAUGGUUUAUUGCUGUUAAGAUGCGUUCUAGAUCAGUGGUUCUCAGCCUUCCUGGGAUUGCAAGGAUAAUGUUGGGGUGUAUUAAAAUGUUUUAUGAGAUAUGAAAAAAAAUCUAAAUUUGUAAUCAUGUCUAUACUCUUCAGAUUUUUCUCUCUUUUGUCCUUUCUCUUAUGAAAUAAUGACUAGUUUUAACAAUCCAGUCCUCCUCUGAUCGUUAAUCAUUGAAACAACAAGAAAAGGAAAAACUGAGAACUGUAAACCUGUGAGGGGUAUCAUGAAAAGAGGUCUCAUUUCAUUUUUAAGGGUCAAAAACCAAAAAGGUUGAGAGAUACUGUUCUAGACACUCCCAUGUUCUAAAGUUACUUAGAAAUUAACACUGAUUUUUACUGAGGACUGAAUAACACUUCAUCAAAAUUCUGGUAAAAAUUAAAUGUAGCAAGCUUUCAAAUUGUUCUUUAUGCAAAAUAAUAAUAAUAAUAAUAAUAAUUCUCAAAAAGGCAAAGCAUUAAUCUGUCAGAAAUCUGUGUAGCCCACAGACUCUCAUGCUACUAUGUGGUGGCAGUGUGCACAUUUACGCCUUGCUUACAGUUGAUAUUUGAGGCUCUCCUCAUCUCUAGCUUUAUGUCUUAACAGCUACAUGGACAGUGACUUCAGUGAAUAUCAGCCACAGUGAUUGGAAGGCACACUGUAAUAUUGCACUCCCCAGUCUUUUGAGAUGAACUGUUACAUAAAUAAAGUUGUUUUAACCACA